AUCAACUACAACCGGCCGCCUCCAGUUAUAUUAUGUUGCUGCAUUUGUGGAGAAAAAUUAAGAUGGUGCCUCAAGGCUUUGUCAGCGUUGCAGCACAAUCUUCAGAUUCACCUCUCCUUCUUUCCUUCAUUACUGCUCUUGGUCUUGUUAUCCUCAUCCUCUCUUGUCUCGUGGCAGUUUGUGUGAUAGCUGCGGCAUUCGCCAUUCUUCUCAUCUACGUAAUCUGUGAAUGCGUUUGCUGGUCUCUGUUGGACAGGUUCGACUGUGAUCCAGAGCUAGGACAAGGGAUUAAUCGCGCUCGCAACGUUACAUAUCAAGCAAUUAUCCCCAACUAUUUGCAGGCAUUGGAUUGCGAGGACGAGAGGGCGCAAGAGCUAAGGCAACAGGCAUUGGAAAAACUAUUGCCUCCGGUGGUUUUUCGUGACGGUAAAACGUCGUUGGGAUCUGGAGACUGUUCUAUUUGCCUGGAUGAUUACGUGGUUGGUGAAUUGUGCAAGAUUUUUCCAGCAUGCAAGCAUAUGUUUCAUCUGAAUUGCAUAAACAAAUGGUUGAAGGAUAACCUGACUUGCCCAAUUUGUCGAAAAUAUGUCUUAGAUGAUUGAGCUUUCGCUUGUGUAUUUGAUCAUAGUCCCCACAAAACUAUACAUGUAUAUAAAUUCAUUUGCUCAUU